AUGAUUUACAAAGUGAUCGCUUGCAGCGAAAUCCCGGAGAUAGCACAAUACUUCAAAAUGGCCGUUGACAUGCCUACGCGCGAACUCUGCUUCAAACUGGUGGUACAAAGAACCGAUGGUCUCCCGCACAUCUAUCGACUCUCAAGGCGUGCCGUGAAUGCAUGGAACAACCUGCUUUCAGAUGUUGUAGCUGCUGACACAUUUGCCGUGUUCGAGAAGAAAUACGACACCUUAUUCGAACAGUGA